CUUACAACAACCACCACCCUCCUUUCACAUGGCUCUCCGCCCCUCAGCGCACGCGCUCGCGCGGGCCCUGCUGCCCCGGCGGCCAGUAGCCGCAGCAGUCGGCACAAGUCGCACUCGGGCGGCGUGCUUCUCGACGCUGCCGGCGCAGCGCGCCUGGCUCCGCAAGGACAAGGAGGCUGCGCCUUCGCCGCCGUCAGCGACUCCCGAGCCGCAGCCCGAACCAGCGAGCGAGGACGACCUCCCGCUCACCUCCUUCCAGCAGAAGAUCGCGGCCCUCGAGACGCGCGCCAUCGAGUCGCGCCAGGAGCCCAACGCCGAGCCCCAGGUCGCCUUGCUGCGCGCACUCUCCGAAGGCGGCGAGUACCGCGGCCUCAUUGGAUACUACGAGAGCAUUGCGCUCGCCAACCCGCCCGACGGGAGCGACGCGCUCGUCAAGAGCCCCGAGGCGUUCGACCUGUACGCCAACGCCAUUGCGCACGACGGCAGCGUCAACGAGCUCGUGAUUGUCGUGCGCCGUCGCGACGCCCGCCUCGCUGCCCUUGGGCUCUCGCCUGAGGCGGCCGUGUCAAAGGAGGUCGCGGACGCCGCUGCCGCCCUCGGUGCGACGCCUGCGGCGGCUGCAGCUGCCGCUGCGGCCGCUGCUCCGGCUUCGGCUCCUGCGGCUGCUGCUGCCCCCGCCGCUGCGCCGGCUGCAACUCCUGCCGCCGCGCCUUCGGCCUUCCCCGGUGCCGGUAACGCUGCCGCCGCCGCGCCUGCCGCUCCUGCCCCGUCCAAGCUCGGUUCCAUCUUCUCCGCCUUCCGCAGGUCCGAGAAGAAGCCCGAGCCCACUGCCACCACUUCCAACGUCAUCUCGCAGCCCGGCUCGCCGCUUCACCCGCUCCACGUCCAGAUCGCCGAGGCACCCAAGGCCGGCGCGUGGCGCAACCUCCGCUGGCUGCUCGCGUUCCUCCUCUGGACCUUCCUCGGCCUGACUGUCCUCUCGCUCGUCAUGGAGAACUCGGGUCUCCUCAAGACUGUCGGCGGCGGCCCCAAGGAGUUUGAGCCAGAGGAGUCGACCAACGUCAAGUUCAGCGACGUCCUUGGCGUCGAGGAGGCCAAGGGCGAGCUCGAGGAGAUUGUCGAGUUCCUCCGCAACCCCGAGAAGUUCUCCAAGCUCGGCGGCAAGCUCCCCCGCGGUGUUCUGCUCACGGGCCCUCCCGGUACCGGCAAGACCCUCCUCGCGCGUGCUGUUGCCGGCGAAGCUGGUGUUCCGUUCCUGUUUGCCUCUGGCUCCAACUUUGACGAGCUGUACGUCGGUGUCGGUGCCAAGCGUGUUCGCGAGCUCUUCAAGGCCGCCCGCACCAAGGCCCCUGCCAUCAUCUUUAUCGACGAGCUGGACGCCAUUGGAUCCAAGCGUAACUCCAAAGACCAGCAGUACCUCCGCCAGACUCUGAACCAGCUUCUUGUCGAGCUCGACGGCUUCCAGCAGUCGGAGGGUGUCAUCAUCAUUGCCGCUACCAACAUUCCUCAGUCACUCGACCCUGCCCUUACCCGCCCUGGACGUUUCGACCGUCACGUGGUCGUGCCUCUGCCAGAUGUCCGGGGCCGUAUGGCCAUCCUCAAGCACCACAUGGCCGACAUUGCCAUCGACCCCGAGGUGGAUGCAUCGGUCAUUGCCCGCGGUACGCCAGGCAUGAGCGGCGCCGACCUCCAGAACCUCUGCAACCAGGCUGCUAUCAAGGCUUCGCGUGAUGGCGCCGAAAGGGUCAACCUCCAGCACUUUGAGUGGGCCAAAGACCGUAUUCUGAUGGGCGCCGAGCGCCGCUCGCACUAUGUCACCGAGGACGCCAAGCUCAAGACGGCGUACCACGAAGCUGGCCACGCGCUCGUCGCCUUGCGCACCCCCGGCGCCAUGCCCCUGCACAAGGUCACAGUCAUGCCCCGCGGCCCUGCUCUUGGUCUUACAUACCAGCUUCCAGAGGCGGACAAGGACUCGUACUCUCGCAAGGAGUAUAACGCCAUGAUUGACGUCAGCCUGGGAGGCCGCGCUGCCGAAGAGAUUAUCCUUGGCAAGGACGACACCACAUCCGGCUGCAGCUCUGAUCUGUCAAGAGCCACUGAGGUUGCCAACAGCAUGAUUCGCAACUUUGGCUUCAGCGACAAGGUCGGCCUCCCAGCUCACAGCCAGAAUGACCAGUACUACCUUUCCGAGUCGCUCAAGCAGGAAAUCGAGGGCGAGGUCAAGGGCUUCCUUGACCAGGGCAUGGUCCGUGUCAGGUCACUCCUCUCGACCCACCGUGGCGAGUUGGACACGCUCGCCAAGGCACUCGUAGAGUACGAGACGCUCGACGCCGACGAGGUGAAGAAGGUGCUGGCCGGUCAGAAGCUCGACAGGCCGGGUGCUUCCGAGGGUGCUGCACUGCGCUCGGAAACAGAGAUCUCACACAACGAAACGGCAUAGCGAUCUUGUUCGGCAGCACAGAUGGAGGAGUGAGACGGGGUCCCUCGGGCGUUGGCGGAAAUUUCGUCGUCGUGACUCGACGACGACGACGACGACGCCUCGGCCGCCUGGGAGAAUAGAGAAGGUCAUUGUACGCACCACCAAUUGAACAGCAUGCAUCAUUGCUCAGCCA